GAAUGAAGCUGCAGCGGACAGAAAACAAACAAACAAACAAACAGAAGAACUUUAGUUAAAUUUUGUCGGAUUUUUUUUUGUAAACUUCGGUAACAAGAACCGGUGACUGGUUUCUUCAGCUGAGCGGGACAACCGAGAAGAGACGACCGAGAUGAAAUACAUUAUAGGAAUUGGCGGCGUCACUAAUGGUGGUAAAACCACCCUGACAGACAGGUUGAUCAAGACUCUGCCCAACUGCUGUGUUGUGCACCAAGACGACUUUUUCAAGAAACCCGAUCAGAUAGAAGUCGGGGAGGACGGCUUUAGACAAUGGGAUGUGAUCACAGCUUUGGAUAUGGAGGCCAUGACCAACACGGUAAAAGGCUGGAUCGAGAACCCGGUGAAGUUCGCCAGAUCCCACGGCGUCGCCCUGUCUUCUGCCUCUGGCGUGGCGAACCCAGACGAGCAGAUCCACAUUCUGAUUGUGGAGGGAUUCCUGCUCUACAACUACGCGCCCCUGCGGGAUGUUUUUGACAAGAGCUAUUACAUCACCAUCCCCUAUGAAGAGUGCAAAAGAAGGAGAAGUACGAGACAGUACACCGUCCCCGACCCCCCGGGCCUGUUCGACGGCCACGUGUGGCCCAUGUACCUGAAGCACCGGAGAGAGAUGGAGGAGAGCGGUCUGGAUAUCGAGAGCCUGGAUGGUUCUAAAUCCAAAGAGGAGCUCUACAACCAGGUGUAUGAGGACAUUCAGAACAACCUGCUCAAUCGUUUAUAGCAGGACGCCUCCUCCUCCUCCUCAUACCUGUACAGAACCUGUAAAUAGAACCGAGGAUUCUUUUGUUUUUUUAUGGAUUUUUUCUAAUUUUAUUCUUUGUAUGUAAAUAGAGCGACGUUAACUUAAUCAUUGUCUUUUUAGUCGUCUUUGGAUGGAUCUUGUUCUUCCUUUAUCGAACCCAUCCUUACUGGGCUCCUGUUCUGUUUCUGUAUCGACCCGUUUGUCUGUCGAUCGCAUCCUCCUGCAAAUAAACACAUCGGCUGCUGUCGGAACAGAAAA